GAGCUGGGGAAGGGGAAGAGGAAGACGGGGGAGGAGGCGAAGAAGAGCAAGGAGAGGAAGAAGAAAAAGAAAAAGAAAAAGCGUUAAAGCAAUUUCCUUUAGUUUCAGUGUUACGUUGAUCUUCACUGCCUAACCACUUUGUUAUGUUUUAUGCUGUUAACUUUUGGGUGAGUCUAGGAUUGCAGUGGCAUUCGUUUUACUUGCUUAUAUCUCUAAUUUACUGUAAAUAAUGACAUCCGUACCAUCAAAGAACAUUUGGAUACGGAGGCAGCAAUGCCCGUGUGGGGACUGGAAAUGUUAUGUAACAUAUGAAGGAGAUGCUGAAGAAACAUCCAUAGCAUCCCAGUUGGUAAAAAAUGAGUCGGUUCAGUCUGAAGCCAUGGUUGCUCCUUAUGUUGGGAUGGUGUUUAAGAGCGAUGAGGAUGCCUUUGAGUAUUAUGGGAAUUUUGCUAGGAAAAAUGGGUUUUCAAUUAGAAAAGAGAGGUCCAGAUUGAGCCCCCAAUUGGGUAUUUAUAAGCGUGAUUUUGUUUGCUAUCGUUCUGGUUUUGCACCUGUGAGGAAAAAGCCGACUGGGGAACACCAUAGAGAUAGGAAAUCUGUCCGGUGUGGAUGUGAUGCGAAGAUGUAUUUGUCCAAGGAGGUAAUAGAUGGGGUUUCACAAUGGUUUGUUGUACAAUUUAGCAAUGUUCAUAAUCAUGAACUUUUAGAAGAUGACCAGGUGCGCCUCUUGCCUGCAUAUAGGAAGAUUCAUGAGGCAGAUCAAGAGAGAAUUUUGCUGCUUUCAAAAGCUGGGUUUCCUAUACAUCGUAUAGUGAAGGUUUUGGAGUUGGAAAAGGGCAUUCAAGGUGGACAAUUGCCUUUUUUGGAGAGAGAUGUUAGGAAUUUUGUUCAAAACCGGAAGAAAGUGGUUCAAGAAAAUGAUGCUUUGCUCAACGAGAAAAGAGAAAAUGAUACGAUGGAACUUCUUGAGGCAUGUAAGGCAACAAAAGAGGCAGAUCAAGACUUUGUUUAUGACUAUACAGUAGAUGAGAAUGAUAAGGUUGAGAACAUUGCUUGGUCGUAUGGUGACUCUGUUAAUUCAUAUACCACGUAUGGUGAUGUUGUUUAUUUUGACACCACUUAUAGAUCAAUCACAUAUGAUAUGCUUUUCGGGGCAUGGAUUGGAAUUGACAACAAUGGCCGACCAAUUUUCUUUGGUUGCGUUCUAUUGCAGGAUGAAACAAUGCGCUCCUUUGCAUGGGCUUUACAGACAUUUAUCGGCUUCAUGAAAGGGAGAUGUCCACAGACAAUUUCAACUGAUCUUGAUCCAGGGCUUAGAGAUGCUAUAAGAAGUGAAUUACCAAGCACUAAACAAGUUAUGUCUAUAUGGAACAUAAUGCCCAAGGUAUCUAGCUGGUUCCCUCUUCAACUUGGAUCUCAGUAUGCAGAAUUUAAAUCAGAGUUUGAUGCAUUAUAUCGUCUGGAGAGUACAGAGGAUUUUGAACUACGAUGGAAUCAAAUGGUUUCCAUAUUUGGACUUGGCUCAGAUAAACACAUUACUUUACUCUACUCUCUUCGUACUUCUUGGGCACAAUCAUAUGUGAGAGGUUAUUUUCUUGCUCGAAUGGUGACAACAGCCUACUCAAAGUCUGUAGAUGCAUUCUUGAAAGGAAUUUUCAGUGCUCAAACGAGUUUACGUAGAUUUUUUGAGCAGGUUGGCAUUGCAGCCAAUAUACAAAACCAGCCACAUCAAGAAAUGCAGCAUAUGCUUUUGAAAACAUGCUUGCCCAUUGAACAGCAUUCACGUCAAAUUCUUACACCCUUUGCCUUCAAUGCUCUACAACAUGAAUUAAUCGUGAGCAUGCAGUAUGCUGCAUCUGAAAUGGCUAAUGGAUCAUAUCUUGUACGUCAUUUCAGGAAGAUUGAUGGAGAAAGUCUUGUUAUAUGGAUUCCAGAAGAUGAACAGAUUCACUGUUCCUGUAAGGAGUUUGAGUCUUCAGGAAUAUUAUGCCGACAUGCUCUUCGUGUAUUUAUAGAUAAGAACUACUUUCAACUUCCUGAUAAAUAUUUUCUAAGUAGAUGGCGAAGAGAAAGCUCUCUGAUGUUUUAUGAUGAUCAUUCUGUUCCUGAUAAUGAUGAUGAAUGGUUUCAAGAAUUCCAGUCCUUAACCGAAACUCUAUUUACAGAAUCAUCAAUUACAAAAGAGCGCUCUGAUUAUAUGCGUAGGGAGCUGACAAAGGAACUCACAAGACUCCUCAAUGAGGUUAGAGAUAUGCCAGAGAGUGAUGCAGCUCCCAUGGAUUUUACACUUUCCCCAGCUGGUUAAUUAUGGAGUGGUUAAAGCGGCUCUUCGGAGUAAAAAGAAUUGCUUGAUGCUUCAUCAAUGAAAGUAAUAACCAAUUAAAAGAAAGUGUUCCAUGAAGCUAAUCAGGUCAUUGUCGGCAUGCACUCAAUUUCUACAUUCAAACAGAAGAGAUGCCAUGUUGAGAAUAAGUGACAAUCAGAACUAUAUGCUGGAGAAUAUAUUAUAUUGUUGAUCGGCUGUUGACAAGUUCAUUGUUAUUUCUUUCAUGAAACAGAAUGCAAAAAAUGUAGAUUGGGACACAUGAAAUGUGAAAUUUCAUUAGCUGGCGUGAAUGUAAGAUGUCAUUAAUGUUUUCUUCAGCCCUCCUACCCAUCUUUGAAAUAAUAAAGCAAAUUAAGUAAUGUUUUGAACUUA